CUUUCCUUCUCAUCUCUAGCCUGCGCCGCCGCCUCCACCGCACCCCCCGAAAACCCUAGCGCUCGCUUCGCCACACCACCAUGGCCGGCGCGCAGGAGUCCCUCGUGUACGCCGGUGUGAUGCGUGGCCACAACGACGUGGUCACGGCCAUCGCGACACCCAUCGACAACUCGCCCUUCAUCGUCUCCUCUUCCCGCGACAAGUCGCUGCUCGUCUGGGACCUCACCAACCCCAUCCAGGCCACCCAGGACACCAGCUCCGAGUACGGCGUCCCCUUCCGCCGCCUCACAGGCCACGGCCACUUUGUCCAGGACGUCGUCCUCAGCUCCGACGGCCAGUUCGCGCUCUCCGGAUCCUGGGACGGCGAGCUCCGCCUCUGGGACCUCUCCACCGGGGUCACCACCCGCCGCUUCGUCGGCCACGAGAAGGACGUCCUCUCCGUCGCCUUCUCUAUUGACAACCGACAGAUCGUCUCCGCGUCCCGCGACCGCACCAUCAAGCUGUGGAACACCCUCGGUGAGUGCAAGUACACCAUCGGCGGUGACCUUGGAGGCGGCGAGGGCCACACCGGCUGGGUGUCCUGCGUCCGUUUCUCCCCCAACAACUUCGCCCCGACCAUCGUCUCGGGCUCAUGGGACCGCUCCGUCAAGGUCUGGAACCUCACCAACUGCAAGCUCCGCUGCACUCUUGAUGGCCAUGGUGGGUAUGUUAGUGCCGUUGCGGUCAGCCCAGACGGUUCACUCUGCGCCUCUGGUGGCAAGGAUGGCGUCACUUUGCUGUGGGAUUUGACCGAGGGCAAGAGACUCUACUCGCUGGAUGCGGGAUCCAUUAUCAACUCACUUUGUUUCUCGCCGAACCGCUACUGGCUCUGCGCGGCGACACAGGAUUCCAUCAAGAUCUGGGAUCUUGAGUCAAAGCACAUCGUGCAGGACCUUAGGCCCGAGGUCCCAGUCUCCAGCAAACAGAUGCUCUACUGCACUUGCUUGAGCUGGAGCGCGGAUGGCAGCACUCUCUAUGCUGGUUACACUGAUGGAACCAUUCGCAUCUACAAGAUCUCUGGGUUCAGCUACUCUAGCUAGAUUAUGUAUCUUGUUUUAGUGGCCUCUGUUCCGGUAAAACGGCUGUGGUAUCUUCUUUUUUUUGACUGUCUUGAGGCGUAAUAUCUGCCUUGGUACUUAUGCUUAAUUUACUAUCUGUGUCUUAGCCGCAGUCAUGAUCUCAUGGAUAAUGCAUCGUUUGUUGGUUUUGGCUGUUCAAUAUAUUAUCUCGUGAAUCA